AUGGAUCCCAAUCUGGCGGUGACGCGCCAAACAGCCAAUAUGCGCUGGGUCUUGAAACAUACCUUCAAAAAGAAUGAUUUCCGUCCACUACAACGAGAAGUGAUUUUCUCCGUCAUAGAAGGGCAGGAUGUCUUUCUUCAAGCAUGCACUUCAUUUGGAAAGAGCUUGUGUUACCAGCUGCCUGCAGUUCUCAAGGAUUGGGGCUUGACUGUCGUCGUUUGUCCACUUCUCUCAUUGAUGACAGAUCAAGUGAAUACAUUGAAAGCUCUUGGUGUAUCAGUCGCUACGAUCAAUUCCAAUACUACUCAUGACGAGAGACAGCGAGUUUUCGAGGACAUGCUUUGCGGCCACCCGAGCACACGCCUUCUUUAUGUCACCCCGGAAUUGUGCCAGACGGACAACUUCCGCCGCCGCCUGCUCAUAGUUCACAAGCAAGGUCAACUCAUCCGCGUUGCCAUUGAUGAGGCGCAUUGUAUAAGUGAAUGGGGCCAUGACUUCCGGCCAGCUUACAAAGAGCUGGGCUGCGACUGCAACCCCCGAGUCCGCUCGGACAUGAUUAACAUCUUGGGGUUAGAUCUCGAAAAUCUUCGGAUGUUCAACACUCCGUCGGACCGGCCCAAUAUUCACUACGAGGUACGGUAUCUCGCAGACUUUGCUGGUGACAAUAGUAGCGCAGAAGACAGCCAGCUGCAAAACCUGCUUACAUGGCUUAAGGGCAUCCAAGCCCGACGAGAGGCCCGCCUUGGUAGCACUGUGACACAGCUCCCUCCGAUGUCAGGCAUCGUAUAUGUAGGGACCCGAGCUAUGGCUGAGCAUCUUGCCAGCCGGCUAUCCCAUUCGUCGGACGAGAUGGUCACGGCGUUGGCAUACCAUGCCGGCGUGGAAGCCACCAAGCGCGCGCACAUUCAAUCAACGUGGAAGUCAUCUCGGCCAUGCCAGCCAGCCGAUGGUGAAAAGACACCCGUUUUCUCCAUUAUUGUGGCAACCAAUGCCUUCGGGAUGGGAAUCGAUAAUCCAGAUGUCCGCUUUGUCGUGCAUUGGACGCCACCGCGAAGCUUCGAAAGCUUUGUUCAAGAGUCAGGGCGUGCAGGUCGAGACGGCCGCGCCGCUGCCUCACUUGUCUACUACGGAAUUCAAGAGAGGAACUUCAUAGAGAAUAUGAUCUACCGUGAUACUGAAUCUCACCGUGCGCAUGGCCCCGAAAAUCGAGAGGCCAAGCUUGAAAGCUUCGGCAAGGUCAUUCGGUACUGUGAGAGUAUUAGGAGGUGUCGACAUGAACUGAUCAAAGAGUUCUUUGGUGAUUUCGAGUUGGAAGAAAUGGGAUCACAACUGCCGGCCAGGGAGGGUGUAUCUGUUACGAGCUCAUCCCCUUGCGACUUCGCCUGCGAUUUUUGCAAAGAGGGUCGUGUCGGGUUGGCAAAGCGCCGGGAUAAAAUGGCAUCUGAGAUUCAGAUGGCUCUCCUAUACGCGGAUUUCGACUGA